CGCACGGGAUAGGACUUGUGCCACAUGACACUUGUGGUAUCCAAAAAAGGUCUUGUUUGGUCUAAUGAGGCUAUUUAGGCGGUUUAUGAUGGAGAAACUUGAUUCGUUCGCAACGCAAUGGUUCUUCCCCAGGUUUCGUGGACCCGGAGAAUGCACCCCGCAGUCGGUAGAUGUGCUUGAUCUGGAGACUAAAGAACCGCGAGAUGAAGCCAAGAUCUCAGCCUUGGAUCACAAAGCGCAGAAUAUGCAACAGGUUCAGCCGUGACAGGAGACGGUCGAUGGACAUAUAUUUAGAGGGCAGACGCGCCCUAAUAAAUGACAUACCGUUGACAUCCCAUCACCCCAUCAAUCCUCAACUUCCUCUGCCCUCCAAGUCGGAACCGCUUGCCAUGAAGCUCUCGUCGUUCACCAUCUUGGCUGGCCUCGCGGCCCAAGCCCAGGCCCACUACAUUUUCAACAUACUGAUUGUGAACGGCCAGCGCAUCGGUGGCGAGUACACAUACGUUCGACGCAAUUCUAACAGCUACAAUCCGGCCUUUCCCGACAUCCUUACCUCUGAUGAAUUACGGUGCAACCGCGGCGCCAAGCCUGGCGGCAACGUACAGACAUACGAGGUCAAGGCUGGUGAUAAGAUCGGCUUCAAGGUCUUCAACAACGAGUUUAUUGAACACCCCGGCCCAGGGUUCAUCUACAUGUCCAAAGCCCCUGGCAGUGUCGCUACCUACGAUGGUUCCGGCGAGUGGUUCAAGGUCUACGAGACCGGUCUUUGCCGCGGUGGAGGAAAUGUGGACACGAACUGGUGCUCGUGGCAGAAGGACAGGCUUGAAUUCACUAUCCCGCCCAAGACCCCCCCUGGAGAGUACCUCGUCCGCAUCGAGCACAUUGGUCUGCACGAGGGUCACGUACGCCGCGCUCAGUUCUACAUUACCUGCGCACAGUUGAAGAUCACCGGGCCCGGUGGUGGCAACCCCUCACCUCUUGUCCGCAUCCCCGGUAUCUACAAUGCCAAUGACCCCGGCAUUGCUUACAACAAGUGGACCAACAACCCCGCCGCUUAUCGCAUGCCUGGUCCCGCUGUCUGGAACGGAAACUGAGCAGGUGAAGCACAGGAUGACAGACUACCUGAGAUAUGUUGAAGGCUUGUAGCCUUCCGAUGUCUGUCUGUGUUCAAAUUAGUAGAUGCCUGCCUUAGUGUGGCAUUUUGCCCCCUAAAUAAAAUGUCACACGUAUCUCCAGGACCCGUUGUCAUUCUGUGUGGAAGAUAUCGGUGACUGUCAAAGAAAUCC